CUGGCUUUCACACUUGGCUGAGCGUGGGGAAGGUGGGCAGGACAAGAGGGACAGGACUCAGUGCUGCUGAAGUUGAGUGUGCAGAAGAGCUGGGAGCUAGGAGCCAGCAGCCGGCAGCCGGCAGACACUCUCCCUCUCCUACUUGUUAAGGAGAACAGUUUCAGGUUGUUCAGAGACUAAGGUUUGCUAGCACUGACAGAGUUUGCUUUGGCUUUUUGGGGGGUUUUGGUGGGUUAAGAAAAACACGAGUAGAUUCAUCUCUGAUGACUAGUUUAUUUAAGACCUAAAAAUCUCACCAUUUUUCCCAUGGUGCCAAUUAGAAGCAAUCUGGAAGACUUUCUUUGAGGUGGGUCAUUAAGAGAAAGGAUUAUAUUAUGAGUGACAUAACAUGAGUGACAGUUGUUUUAGGUAGUUUUAAUUUUAGGUAGCUCUUUUUAGCUUAAUAUUUUUAAAAAUCUCCAAAAGAUGACUUAGCAUUGUGCUUUGGAAUUAAAAUUUUAGUAUUUGGAAACUAAGUUAACAUUAGUUAAAUGCAUAGCUGGGAGAGUUUGGGUGUGUUUUCAGUUUUUGUUAGCUUGUCCUAAGCCUUUCUUUGCCUGCCAAGAGAAACAAAAUUCUUUUAACAAUGGCAGCAGCUUAGUUUAAAAUAAACAAGAAACAUUUCAAGAAUUAUUUGUGAUUUUGGAAGAAAGCCAUGAAGAUCAUAAAGAAUGUUGUGAAUGACGUCUCAUUUAACAAAAAUACCUGGAAAUGGCACAUUCAGGAUCCAGCAAGCCAGCGGCUGACAUGGAACAAAUCUCCAAAGAGUGUCCUUGUAAUAAAAAAGAUACGAGAUGCCAGUCUUUUGCAGCCUUUUAAAGCCCUCUGUGUGUAUCUUAUGGAGGAAAACAACAUGAUUGUUUAUGUAGAAAAAAAAGUUUUAGAAGACCCUGCCAUAGUGAAUGAUGAACAUUUUGGAACCGUAAAGAAGAAAUUCUGUACCUUCAGGGAAGAUUACGACGACAUCUCAAAUCAGAUAGACUUCAUCAUCUGCCUGGGAGGAGACGGGACCUUGCUUUAUGCUUCUUCCCUUUUCCAGGGCAGCGUGCCUCCAGUGAUGGCAUUCCACCUGGGAUCCCUCGGCUUUCUCACCCCGUUCAACUUUGAAAACUUUCAGACCCAAGUUACUCAGGUGAUAGAGGGAAAUGCUGCCAUUGUUCUCCGAAGCAGACUUAAGGUAAAGGUGGUCAAGGAAUUCCGGGAAAAGAAAGCCAUGAUCCAGAACGGCAUUGAUGAGAACGGAGUGUUGUCUCCUGGCCUGGAGAAGGAGAGCAGCAAGCAGAUGAUGCACUACCAGGUUCUAAAUGAAGUGGUGAUCGAUCGGGGUCCCUCCUCAUACCUCUCUAAUGUUGAUGUUUAUCUAGAUGGACACCUGAUAACCACAGUCCAAGGGGAUGGAGUGAUUGUGUCUACACCCACGGGGAGCACCGCGUACGCCGCUGCUGCUGGAGCCUCCAUGAUCCACCCCAAUGUCCCUGCCAUCAUGAUCACACCCAUCUGCCCCCACUCACUGUCCUUCCGGCCCAUUGUGGUGCCUGCUGGUGUGGAGCUCAAGAUCACACUGUCACCGGAAGCUAGGAACACAGCAUGGGUUUCAUUUGAUGGGCGGAAGAGACAAGAAAUCUGCCAUGGAGACAGCAUCAGCAUCACUACCUCUUGUUACCCUCUCCCCUCCAUCUGUUUCCGGGACCCUGUGAGUGACUGGUUUGAGAGCCUAGCGGAGUGUCUGCAUUGGAACGUCCGGAAAAAGCAGAACCACUUCACCGGGGAGGAAGAGGAGUUCUAGGAGGUUGACAGUGUGGGUCUCCCAACUCCCGGGGGGAACCGUGUGCAAAUCCUUUCAAUGUGUUCUUCUCUUACCUUAACCCCCCAGCCCCUGGAACUCGACCAAUCUGUGUGUGUCUGUGUCUGUAAAUAUAUAUAUAUAUAUAUAUAUAAUAUAAUAUAUAUAUAUAUUUUUGAAUACGGUGAUGUACCUCAUAUCAGUUGUCUGAUCUGCUGAUGACCAGAUAUCAUGUUAUUUCCUAUCCACUGGCCAAAGGGAAGAAUUUAAAAUUUAUCUUUUUUCGUCAACCAGAUUAACUUUGUUUAAUGUUUUGAAUUCAGUUUCCUUUUGUGUUUUAUAAAUAAGCAAAAUUAGAAAUGAGUCGGCAUUUCUAAAAGAUACCAACAAUCCACAUGCUCAUUUGUAGUUUCAAAUUCAAAGUGAUUUUCUAUACCAGCAUUAAAAAUGUGACAUUACAAUAGUCUACAUAACUUCGUAUUUGUAAUUCCAAGUGUAUGGAAAUUUCAUAGAUCAGUCUAUUUAAAAUUCAGAGGGGAUAUGUAUGACUUAAUCUGUCCUUUGGAUUAUAAAACAGAAAAACUGUUCUUUGAUGUUUUGAAUAAAUGUAUCACAGCCAAAUGUCUUCCUUCAGCAGAUGAUUCUAAAAUACUUUUCCCCCUCUGUCCACAUAAUUUAUUUUCAUUUUUCCUAAGACUAUCAGGGGAAAUGUUUCUGCAAAGAUCAAAAUUAAAGGGACAUUUUUGAUAGUCAUUUGGAAAGAUGGUGAUUUGUUUCUGUUGCUGAGGCUCCUUGAACAGGGUGGGCUCUUUCCACUGCGCCCCUCUGAGUCAGGAGCAGAUUUGACUUCCCUUUGGGCCCAUGGCUUCUGCUGCUGGCAUUCACCCCAGGGUCCUGGUGGGUCCCUUUCCCCCUUUCUCCAGCAUUGGAGGGGCUUUUCUUUUCCUUUCUACUUUACACUUUAGUUAAAAAAAACAAAAACCUAAACAUGGCUCAGACCUGUAGGCCAAGGCAUCUGUGCCCCUUGUCCCAGCACUCUGGCCAGCCAGCUGCCCGAGACCUCUCCCAGAAGUUCUCAGCUCACUGGUUUCCCUGCCCUGCCCCAGAAAGCAGCAGAAAGGGAUAGAUAGCAUCGCCUUGGGAGGCUGAUCAGACACUGCCCACAUUCCUCACCUAGCAACCAUGGUGCCUUCAGCACACACGAAGAGAUUUUACAUCUAUAUGUACUUUUUAAAGAUUCUGCUCAGCUGUUAAAAUGCUUCUUUCUGUAUAUAUCUUAUGAAGAUUCAAAAACAGAGGGUCUGUGCUGAAAGCAUUUGUACUAACACAAAGCCCAAUUGAACCGUGCAGAGCUGCGUGUGGCACGUGUGGCCUCCAAGGCCGUGCUGCCGCCAGUCUCCCAGAGGAACACCAGAGAGCUGACCGCAGGAAGAAGGGGGAGGCUUCAGGUCAUCUGCCCAUGGCAGCUCACCCUUGGGUCAGGCCACUGUUUCGCUUCACCAGUGAAAUGAAUUCGCUUGGAAUGAGUCGUGUUAUCAAGCAGGGCUAGGGGGCAGGGGGUGGGGGAUGAUUAAGAUUCUCCCGCCUCAGCCUGUCCUGGGGCCGGUCCUUGGGUAGCCUCCCCCUCAUCCUCAUGUCUUCUUUAUCAAUCAAGAUGGGAGAGCUUCGCAAAAACCAAGCUCUCAAACGAACCAUGUAGAAUCAACUUCGAAAUUAUGUCUGUGGAUGUAAAUUAGUUUACUCUGUACAGGUUUUGUAAGUUGUUGCUUGGGGUGCAUUGUAGUUUGGCGAGCACGACCCAGCAGCCUGGGGUCUGAAUGUGCUAAGAUGGUUUUAUCGCUUCAUUUUUCACAUGUAAGUACAAUGUAGCUUCCCUCUCGAUGCUUAAUGUUUCCUAGAGGAAUUAAUUUAUGAGAUAACUGCUUCCUUUCUGAUUUUUUUCUUUGUAUUUGUUUCCAUCAAAAUGCGGUCUGUAAGAACAGGAAUCAGCAAAAGCCAUUUACUUUGAUAUGUAUGGAUGAUACAGCCAGAAAUGCUGAUAAAAGUAAAGGAGAUUUGAGUCAGGCACAAUCGAAGGAAAAAGGUACCCAGCCUGGUCCUUCCUGAACCUUCAGGCGUGACGUCGGAGAGCGCGCUGCCGAAGGGCAGCCUGUAAUAUAUGCCUCCGUGUAUAGAGGUAUUUUCAUCUUUUGAACCCAGAGCACGAUAAUGUGCCCACAUGCACGCUUCCUUCAUAGUUCUCUUCCCCACGAGCCCUGUCUUUUCUCAGCUUGUGAGGGAACUCUGGGAAGUGAGCAGAUCAGGAAUGCAGUCUUCUUAGAAGUCAUAGCUUGAAACACUUUGCAGAAAGCCCAGUAUUUACUGUGUUGUCCGUCCCCCUGGAAGCCUUGGUGCUUCAAGGACCUCUCUCUGUGGCUGCCCCGUUUCCUGGCCGUACACUUGAGUUUGUGUUGGGUCACAGAAUGUUCUUGAGAUCCCCGAUUGACUUGUCCUACCCAGGAGAUAACUUAGACUAAACUGUUUUGAAGUGCUGACCAACUCUAGAAGCAACAGGACGCGGUAUGGUUUUAGUGUGCUUUGAACCUCUCAAGAAGAUUCCUAAUGUUUCAUACUGUUAAUACUUUGGAAAUUUAUUAUUGUUGAAAGCGUAUAUUACUAUUUUCACAUCCUUUCAAUAAACUCUUUUCUUAAGAAACCAA